AUGGAUUUGUUAAAGAUUUUAGACACGGCUCCAGAUCCGGCUAUUGUUGAUGCACAGACUAUGGGUGUUUCGGGAGACACAUCCGGUGACUAUUGGUUGCCAGCUCCUAUGUGUCUUUACCAGAAAGAGCUAACAGACCAGAUAGUAUCCCUUCAUUAUUCCGAUAUUCUCAAGUAUUUCGAGACGUCAGAUUACAAAGAAGACAUAGUUAUUGGCUCGAUGAAAUCUAUGUGUUUGAAUAGUGAGUACGUCGCGACACAUCCAUACCUCUUGAUUGAUCACUUUAUGCCAAAAUCUUUAAUCACGAAGGACAUACCGGGGCAUCUCGCUGAAACGUCUGGGAAAUUUGCUGUUUUAAGAGAUCUUAUGUCAUUAGUACAAGAAUACGAAACACAUACGCUAAUAAUGGCAAGGCCUGGGCGAACUAUGGACUUGCUUGAGGCAUUACUAUUGGGAAACAAAGUGAAUAUUGUUAGGCACGAUGGCCAGACAAUCAAGACAAAGAAUAAACCAAAGAAUUUCUCAUGCACAUGCCACCUUGUAUCUUCGAAUAACACCAGAAAAAUGCCAAUCGAGUUCCCAAAAAAUAUUACUGUCGAUAUGGUGAUUUGUUUAGAUCCAACUUGCGAUCCGGAGGAUCCAACCAUAAUGAGAAUCAGAAAACAGAAUAGACCGAAAAGGGGCACUGAUACCUGCGCACCGGCUAUUAGACUUACGACUAUCGAUUCUAUUGACCACUGCGAACUAUACUUUGGAAAAUACUUAAAAAAAGACUCACGAGAAUAUUUAGUUAAGGUUGCGGCGGCGGUUGUGGUAUUACGAGAUAUUGUCGGAACAUUACCUCCUGAUUUAAGACCAAUAUAUUCUCAGAAUUUGAAAUAUCUUUCAAGCUGGCUAGACAAUCCAAAUAUGCCUUGGCCAUUACCUGAUGUUUAUCCAAUUAGUGAAUAUACCUCUAUGGAUGUUGAAAAAUCCUUACUGACAGAAGUAAGCUACAGUCAAACUGGAAAUGACCUAAAAGAGCAGUUUAUCAACGACAGAAAGCGCAGAAAUAGAGGUAACCUUAAGGAAAGAUCUUCACUUUUAUACUAUAAAUCAAAAAGAAUCAAAAAUGAUUAUUCGACCAACCCUUUGAAGCAAGAUAUGGCAGUACUAACGUGGGUGUCCGCUUCUGGUCAACAGAAAGGGGAAAUAGAUUACCAUUUGGCUACUGACAUACUCACCCAUAAAAUGAUUCAAUCAAUUGAGAAUAUUUACGACAAAAAUGAAAAGCAGAUUCAAGAGCUGAAGGAUUUCGAAAAGAUGGAACCAAUACAACAACAGCAUUACGAAAAAGCUAAACAAGAUUAUGAUGACAUUAAAGGAAAACUUGAUAAUUGCGAACAGAAAUUACGUGAUGAUGAAUCUAAAGUUAAAAAUUUCCUUGACCAAGCAGAUAUUAAACACAAAAAGAUUGAAAAUAUUAAUUCGGAGAUUAAUGAUCUACUUGAGCAGUUAUCAUCGAAAUCAGAAUCGCAUAAAGAACUAAAGACCCUCCUAAUAGAUAUUGCAAAUCUAAAUGAAUCACACGACAAAGAACAAAGAAAUCUUGAUGCAAAACUAUCGGAAAGGGCAUAUAUGGAGAAAGAGAUAUCUAGAGCAGAACAAGCGAUUAAUGAUAGCAAGGUUGAAGAGAGUAAACUACAAGAGGAGAUCAAAAACUUACAAGACCAAAUCGAAGAAAAAAUGUUAAAGAAUGAAGAAGAAGUGAAAAAUGCCAAGCAAAAAGUUGAUUUGCUUCAAUCGCAAAUAGAGCAAGAAAGCCACAACUUUAGUGUGUUACAUUCAAAAUUAGGAUAUAUAACUGACAGGCUGUCAAAAAUUCAACCGAGCAGGGGAAGACAGGUCACAAAUGGAAGAUCAAAGAAAUAG